UCUGGCGAUCCUGCACCCCCGCCCGUGGUUCUGGGCAGCAGGCCAGGUGCUCUCCAGCUCCCUGAUUCCCAGGAGACCCGCCCAGGGGGCAGCACCCCUGUCCAUGGCGUUCACUGAGCUCUUGGAGCAGGCAGGGGGCGCGGGCCUCUUUCAGGCCCUCCAGAUCCUCACUUUCUUCCUCUUCUAGGUCUGGGUGCCAUUCCAGUUAGUUGUGGAGAACUUUUCAGCCGCCGUCCCAGGCCACCGCUGCUCGGCUCACCUGCUGGACAAUGGCUCCAAGGCUCCCGCCAACCUCAGCCCCGAGGCCCUCCUGCCCGUCUCCAUUCCGCUGGGCCCCAACCAUGGGGCCCCCAAGUGUCUCCGCUUCCGCCACCCACAGUGGCAGCUCCUGGACCCCAACGCCACGGCCGCCAACUGGAGCAAGGCCGACACAGAGCCAUGCAUGGACGGCUGGGUCUACAACCGCAGCGCCUUCACCUCCACCAUCGUGACUGAGGGGGACUUGGUGUGUGACCACCAGGGCCUGAAGCCCCUAGGCCAGUCCAUCUACAUGGCUGGGGCCAUGGUAGGAUGCAUCGUCUGCGGCUUCCUCUCCCACCGGUUUGGGCGGAAGCCAGUUCUGAGUUGGUGCUGCCUGCUGGUGGUCAUGGCCAGCAUCAGCAGCGUUGUUGCCCCCAGUUUCCCCGACUACUGUGGCCUCUGGUUUCUGAGCGCUGGGCUGUCUGGCAUCCUCCUGACCUCCGCGAUGCUCAGUGAGUCCCUUGAUCGCCAGCCACAGCCAUGGCAUGGGGAUGGGGUGCAGUGGGGAAGAGGGGGCCUGAGGGCCCAGCGCCCAGGGCCCUCACCCGCAUGUCCACACCGCCUUCCAGUGGUGGAGUGGACCAUGACCAGCAUGAGGGCCGUCACCAUGGCGAUCCUGGGGUCCACCUACAGCAUCGGCCAGAUGGCCGUGGGCGGCCUGGCCUUCGCCCUGCGGGACUGGCGAACCCUCCAGCUGGCCGGGUCGGUGCCUUUCUUUGUCAUCUUCCUGAUAUCCUGGUGGCUGCCAGAAUCCGCUUGAUGGCUGAUUAUCAUAGGCAAACCAGAUCAAGCGCUUCAGAAACUCAAAAAGGUGGCCAAGAUAAAUGGUCACAAGGAAGCCCAAAAGACACUGACCAUAGAGGUACUGAUGUCCAGCAUGCAGGAGGAGGUGGCCUCUGCGAAGUCCCGCCAGUCGGUGCUGGACCUGUUCCGCCUGCCUGGGCUCCGCUGGAGAACCUGCAACCUCUUUGUGGUGAAGUAUGCUGUCCUGUCUUCUUCCUCACCCAUCUCGUACUAUGGGAUAGUCCUCGACCUGCAGAACCUGGGGAGUGACAUCUUCCUCCUCCAGGUUCUUUUCGGAGCUGUGGACCUCCUGGCCCGGGCCAUCACCACCUUCCUGCUCAGGUUCUUCGGCCGCCGCACGACCUUGGCCAGCUCCCUGGCCGGGGCCGGCCUCGUCAUCUUGGUCAACAUGCUGGUCCCGCAAGACCUGCAGACCCUGCGUGUGGUCUUCGCUGUGCUGGGAAAGGCGUGUUUUGGCCUCAGCUUAACCUGCAUCAUGAUUUACAAGCCGGAACUCUUCCCAACUUCACUGCGGGAGAUAAUAGCAGAAGACUUCCUGCGCUCAGCAGCUCGGCUGGGGUCUGUGAUGGGCCCGCUGCUCAGGACGACCUGCCAGGUCCUGCCCCUGCUGCCCCCGCUCUCCUACGGCAUCCCCAUUGCGGCCGGCCUCAUCGUCCUCUUCCUCCUGAAGACCCGGGGCCUUCCACUCCCUGACACCAUCCAGUACCUGGAGAGACAGUGAGUGACCCUCUGCCACCCCGGGGGUCAUGCAGCUGGGCGGGGCUCAGAUGGGCGGCUGGUCCACCCCAGCCCGGGGACAGGAGGGUUCAAGGGUCGGGA